GGUCGCUUCGAGUUACGUGAGAAAAUAAUUAAUUUAAAGCUCGUACAACAUUACGGGGCAUCCUUUGAUGAACCCCGAAGGGCUUGAUAUCGCACCUCGACGUACCACAAAAGUCGGUCGGAAUUAAUGUUGCCGAACAAAUGAUUCCCUGUUUUACUCCUAGUUCUGGACCACAAAUAUAGCACAUCUCUGUCACGCGGGAGGAGAGAGGUCACCCAUUCCACCUGUCCAUCACUCACGGUCACGGAAUUUGUCUCUGUCGGAAAGUUGACAUCCAUGGAAUCUCCCUCAAAAAAAAAGGACGUCCAAUUCCAGCAAAGAUAUGGGGCUUAUUUUUGGCAUUGCAGGGACAAAGACAAACAUGUACUGUCGCGCUGGUGCGUGAAAUUGACGCCCGUGUGACCACCGUAGCCCACCAUUACGCUCUGCUGCUGCACACGUGCAAUCAACGUGUUCCGGUGCUUCCGCCCAACGCAUACCAACUUUAUGAUGCUAUGCUCAUUCCACCAGCAACACCGAUGUACGCCCCGAGGAGUUGAUGCUGCUAGAUGCGUUGUUUUAGAUGCCACGCAACUUUUGACACGCUUUCCGGUUUCGGUUUGCGGUUGUCCGAGACCUGAAGGCUGGAGGCGUGACAGGAGGAUCGGCUGGAGGCGUGACAGGAGGAAAAUGGAGCACCAGGAGCCUUUAGCACACGGUUCGGUACCGGGAGUGGUGAAGUCAUAAAAAAGGCGAACUCUCUAACUGGCCCCAAAAACUCUGUUCCUCCGUGUACCGUUCAGUUUCGAAAGUGUGCUACGCGCGCUGCUGGUGGAGGUAGGGGACAGCAUGAAUUUGGAGCAGUCAAACCUGCCGGAGGGGUCAUGGCGUUCACCGUCAAGGCUAUGCUGUGCCUCGUUGCUCUUGUGGUUUCCGAUUGCGAAAUGAAGCACUUUUGCGGAGCAGAUCGUGGGUUCGAGUCCACUCCGUCCGUCGUCACGACUUCGACAUUCCUUUCGCUUCCCGACGCUUGUGGUCCGCCCUCCCGCACACACACACACACGCUGGAUUAGUUUCACCGUGGUACGAGUUUUGCGGAGUCUUCUAUUCGACGGUUCGGUAUUUUCGUAUUGUUUUUUCCCCCCAAAUAAUAAGAGCUUUUGUAUAAUAAAGCGACUUGUGCUUGCCGGUUACCGGAGCCAACAUUUUAUGACCACGGGACUGCCCUUCACGAGGGGCAAAGUUGUACCUAAUGGAAUUUCGAUUUUAAAGCUUGAGCUUGAUUAAUUGUCCUGUUCAAACCCACGCCCCAGAUGACGUCGAGACUUUCGCAUCGUUUCGCACCGUUUACCGUUGGUGUUUGUGGCCGGUUGAGAAGAGUGCUGGCAGUGAUUAUGAAAGACGGCUUGAGGUUUUCGUUGUGUUUGUCUAGCUAAUCGGCUGUAAAAUGGUUUUCCCCAACAAGGGAAAGGACGAUUGGACCGGUACCGGCGGCUGUCCAGUUCUUUCACUCGCGGACUUAACCUUCUAAGCUGUUAAAGUUGCUCUGACGGAUCUUAUCGGGAUUUUGGUUGUGGUUUGUGGUGCGUUGGGGUGUGGUUUUCGAGAAGGGGUUACCAGAUCGUGAGAAAAGAUAUAUACGAAAUCUAUUAGCUGCCCAUUGGAAUGCGGCUCUAGAUUGCGCUCUGUAGUUGGAGCUGUUGAAGGAAUGUUGUCAAGCAGUUCUCAUAAUGCUUGCUGAGGUCGUCACAUCAUUUUGCAUAAUUUAGCAGCAUCGAAUCGGCUCAACACAGCUCCAACCGCGUGCACUUGAGCGAACGGAAGUUACAUUCUUGGAGUAAAGUUCUGGAGCGGCAUAAAGCGAUUGAAUCCGUUUUCACCUUUUCAUCCCUUUCACAUUGCUUUUCGUUGCCUCCGGCAACGCGAGCGGACUUUUCUAAUUACGACACAAGAUCAAUCGCAGCAACAUUGGCACGUGUUUCACCUAAACUUUUGGGACGGGUUUCACGUGGUACAAUAUCCUAUCCCCACUCUGUUCUGUUCUGAUUUGUUUCGCACAAUUUACCAUAAAUUCGGCGCGAGUUAGCGGCAUUAAUGCUGGCGCAACGCGGUUCCCAACGAUCCUUUCAUGUCCCGGAAAUCUGUCACCAGAUCCUCCCGCCUCCCGGGUUCGGAGUUCCUGGCAAAGUGACUGUUGACAUUAAAGCUGGGGCUUUCGCUAAACUCAUUAGCCACCGUUUGCGGGUGAAUACACGUGCUGCGGGAGUUCACAGACACCCACGACGCUCGUCAGCUUACCGAAAGACCGGCUAUCAUUGCACUCGGUAGCAAUGAUACCCUCCCUUGGCCGUUGUUCUCUCCGAUAUGUUCGCUUGAAGCGGAAGGAUUCUGCGAACUGUGGAUUACUCGUUAUCCGGGUCCGUGUUCGUGUCCGAGGCUUAAACUCGGCAAACUGGCAAAUCGAGCUCGAGCUCUGGCGUAUGCGGGAGCACUGAAGCUGGAGUAAGCUUUAUUGUGCCCCAUUAAGGUGAAUUGUGUUUGUUUGUUUGUCCGGUUAGUUAGCUAGAUCGGUUCGUGCAUAAGUUAGGUGUUUGCAAGUGCAACCUUGCAUCGUACAGAUCACCUUAAGCUAUAAGGUACACGGUACCCUUUCCCGGGAAAAUGAAUAUCCUUUGAACUAUCGCUUUCUAGGUCUAGUGCAUACGAUCUGUAGUGGACUCUAGUACUUCCUCGAAAUGCUAUGCAUUAAAAGCUAGGGCGGUUAUGCUUACAAAACUGAAAUUACUUAUUAAAAAUUCUUUCACUGUCGAACUGGUCGGGUUCUCUUUUGGGCUGAUAAAAACUGUUUGCCUGCACAGGAUCAAAAUUUGCAUGCUUUUCACCAUCCCGUUCCCGUAUACUAUUGGGCUGAUGGUAGUACUGCAGAAUUCUAUGGUUUGCAAUUAAAAACAGGAACUGUUCUGCACAGCAAGCCAAAAGUUUUACCUUUUCAUGGAAUGGAACUUAUUAAACAUUGUUCGAUGGUCGCCAUUAAAUCGAAGGUAUUGUAGCCUUUCUAACUCUAGUAUGGAUCUUGCCAUGUGGUAGCCUAGUUGCAACAACAUCACCAGCACCAUCAAUACAUAGCCUGAACCGUGUGGGUUUGGCUCAAGUUACCGGGAAAAUCGGACAAUGCAGAGUACGAAGAACUCACAUCGGCUCGGAACACGUCUGCAUUUGAUGUGGCGUCCGAACUCGACGUCUGGGCUACCAUGGAAGCCCAGCUCGAUAGUAAGCCCGAUAGCUUGUCCUAACUUGUUAACAACGUGGGGCACGGUGAAGGUAUUGGCAUUGGAGGUGUGGCAGCAACAAUGUUUGUUCUAAAUUACCUCGUCAGCCGGUGUAACAUGGGCCGGUGCAACCUGCACCUGCUGCACGAAUGCAACUCUCGGCGGUAGGCCGAUCGUUCGAAGAUAAAUUUAAUUGUUUGCUAGUGCUUGUGCGAAGUCUCGUGGUAACGUGCGAGGUUUCAGGCUUCUGAGAUGAGUACACCAGCAGGAAGCCUCAAAUGCAUUGUUUCCCUUCUACUGUUUCUAAUGCUCAUAAGUUACGAUGAAUACCACCAGAUGAUUCCAAUCGAGCAUAGUUUCUGCGAAGGAAGAUAUGUUUUGGGAACGCUCACAAUGUUUUCAAUGCUUCCUUCAUUACAGUUCCGCACGUACCGGAAGUGACGAUGAUUGUAACUAAGUUAAUUUAUUAUAUUUAACACACUGUGGAUACAGGAAUCCCUGAAGAACGCAAUUAGUCACCUUUCAGUACUGUAGUAGUAUGGAGUAAUGCUGCUGAUGGUGAGGCACUAAAUACUGUUGAUUAGAUUUCAAUCAAUACCAAUCCCACUAAUGAGUAAUGAGAUUUGGUUAGAAUAGUUGGGAUUGAUUCCCUUUCUGCCAAUCACGGGCAGCAUUUUACGCUCGGCAUAGCCUUUUUAAUCGAACCCCCGAUCCCGAUGUGUACGCCAAUAUCGGCCACUUGUUCAAAACCACAGAGACCCAUCGCUCAUCGAAACCGCUGUUGCGUGCCGUUUAACGGCAAAGUUAUUGAACAUCCAGUGUGACGAUAAUCGCAAGCGGUCGAGUGAGUGGCCAUGAUGGACAGCAGCAGCCCGAACUAGGUCACAGGAAUUAAAAAUGGCUCGAGUUGCGCGAUUCUACCAGAGUGGAGAGGGUAAAAAAAAAUACUGGAAAAGGUAUUACCUCAGCAGAAAAAAUGGGUUUUUUGCCUUCGCGAUGAUGAUCCGCUAUUAUUGUUGCUGCUGCUGCUACUGCUGCUGUGGGUAGCGGAGUGAUAAAAUUCUCUCAAAACAAACAUGAAAUAAAUCCGUUUACCGCAAUAACACAGCCAGUACCACCGCAUAGUUGGGGACUGUCAAUUGAGAUUUUCAGUUCAUCGUCCAUUUGCCACCAUGCUUUAUGGCCACGAAAUGCUAAAGCACAGUCCCCCUGGAACACACCCUCUUCGGUCGUCGUGUACGUGAUCGCUGGGUGUGUGUUUAGCUGAUAGUCAACAGUCCGGGAUGGCUCCGGGACCGAGUUCACGAUGAUACGCUCCCGUGGGACAGUAGAGUUUGCCAGGUCCAGUGACGGACUGGUACCGUACCAUCGAGAGUGAUCUGAUAUGGUGCUCUAUUGUGUUUCACUGGAAAUCGAUCCCAAAAGUUGUACCGUGGUGCCGUGCUGUCGACUAAACGGAAGCUACUAGGAUGCAUUCAGAAAGAUCGAUCUGCAUUCAGCGUAUUAGUUGCGUCUCAGCAAGGAACGUCAUCAUUCUGUCGUAAGAUCCUCGGCUGCCAUCCCUUCCUCCCUCCCACCAAGUGUACUGGAGCAACUGCAUAGAAAGUGAUUAAGAAGUGUCGUGUGUCGUAGAAAAGUGCUGGAAAAGAGAAAAAGUUUUUGCCGCAAAACCCAACCAAGGGAGCGAAAGAGAUAGACCGUGAGAGAGAGAGAGAGAGAGAGAGCGCAGAAGAGCUGUUCCCGAAGGUGUCC